GGUCUCUCUUUUCAGCCCAGAGUAAGGUGUAUGCUCAAGGAUGUCUCUCAUAGAAGGUCUUCUCCUCCAGGCUCCCAGCAGCACGGUAACACUCCUGGGGGCUGGGCUGUUUCUACUGGUCCUCUACCUCUUCUCCUCUGGUUCCAGUUCUGAGCCACAGGGGAAGGAGCCUCCAGGACCCAGACCACUACCCCUGCUUGGUAACCUGUUCCAGCUGGAUUUGAAGAGGCUGUAUCACACACUAUGUAAGAUGUCCAAGGAAUAUGGUUCCGUAUUUACGGUUCACAUUGGGCCCAGAAAGGUGGUCGUUCUUGCAGGAUACAAGACGGUCAAGGAAGCACUGGUCAACCAUGUGGAGGAGUUUGGAGAACGGGGCGCCUUUCCAAUACAGGAGGAACUCAACCAAGGACUUGGUAUUGUAUUUACCAAUGGAGAUUCAUGGAAAGAGAUGAGACGUUUCGCCCUGACAAACCUUCGAGACUUUGGCAUGGGCAAAAAAGGGAGCGAGGAGAAGAUCAUUGAGGAAGUUCGCUACCUGAUAGAAGUGUUUGAAGAACACAAGGGUAAAGCCUUUGACACAACCGAGUCAAUGCAUUAUGCCAUCUCCAACAUCAUCUCCAGCAUUGUUUAUGGCAGCAGGUUUGAAUACUCUGAUCCCAGAUUCAGACGCACAGUGGAACGAGUCAGAGAGUCAAUCCAACUUGGAGGAUCUCGUUCAUUGCAGUUGUACAACAUGUUCCCAUGGCUGGGCUCAUUGAUGAAGUCCAAGAGUGUUGUAGCGAAAAAUGAUUACAACAACAAGCAGGAUAUUCAUGACCUGGUGACGGAGCUGAAGGAGACUCUCAACCCUCAGAUGUGUAGAGGCUUCGUUGACUCAUUCCUGGUCCGAAAACAGACAUUGGAGAAAUCAGGCCACAUGAACACUCAUUACCACGACGGAAAUCUGAUACAAAGUGUUUUCAACUUGUUUGCUGCUGGUACCGACACAACAGCGACUACAAUGCGUUGGGGUCUGAUGCUGAUGGCCAAGUACCCCAGUGUACAAGACCGGGUCCAAGAGGAGAUGAGCAGGGUUAUAGGAAGUCGUCAGCCCUUGAUAGAAGACAGGAAGAACCUGCCCUACACUGAUGCAGUGAUCCAUGAGAUCCAGAGGGUGGCCAACAUUGCCCCCUUGGCUCUCCCUCACGUCACCAGCCGAGACAUCACCUUCCAGGGAUACUUCAUCAAAAAAGGGACAUUUGUGAUUCCCCUGCUGGCUUCUGUCCUUAUGGAUGAGAGUGAAUGGGAGACUCCUCACGCCUUUAACCCCGCCCACUUCCUGAAUGAGAAAGGUCAAUUUGUCAAGAGAGAUGCCUUCAUGCCUUUCUCUGCGGGUCGUAGGGUGUGUCUGGGGGAGAGUCUGGCCAGGAUGGAGCUCUUCCUGUUCUUCACCUCCCUCUUGCAGCGCUUUCGUUUCUCUCCUCCUCCAGGAGUAACAGAGGAUGAUCUGGACCUCACACCUGUUGUGGGGAUAACCCUCAGUCCUUUACCUCACCAGCUGUGUGCUGUGACCCGGGUCUGAGAUGAGUUUGGGUCAAAUGGUGUUCACACACUUGACUCUCAACUUUCAACGCCUCUUUUUCACAAUGUUUUAUUGCUGACAAAGACAAAUCAAUCAAAUAUUUUUGGUUGUUGACACAUGGGAGCAGAUGUGGUUAACCAGUAUAUGGCACAAGUUUGAUCAGUUGCAGCAAAAUGCUCUUUACCAUCUCAAAGUGCAAUGGGAGAGCCAGAGAGAUAUUUAGUGUGUCUUUGUUUAUACAAUUUUCAGGCAUAUUUUACUGUUAAUGACCCUGGGUUUUGACUGUAAAAAGAUUGAUGACACUAACUAACAAGAGAUUAAGGAAUUUCUUAGUAUUCAAUGCUCUUAGAACCCAAGAGUUGAACCCUGAAAGAGCCCCCUAUGGCAGCUGGUUCUUAGAUUUACAAAUGAAAAAACACCCAACACACAUCCUUCUCAAACUAGCACUGCUUCCCAAAAAUCAAUGGAGAUGAACCAAAACACCAAUCAAAAUUACAAAGAACAUACUGAAUGACCACAACCUUGCAAUUGAAAAAGGGAGACAUAAAGAAACUUGGUUACCAAAAGAAUCCAGAGUAUGUGGUCACUGUACGAUUGGUGAGGUAGAGACAGUUUAGAGACACUUUGUCCUGAAAUGUGACAAAUAUACCUCUGUAGGAGAGAAAUAUUUUGAGAGAUUGUGUAAUUUAACACCACAUUUUAAAGAUUUGGAUGACUAAACUACAUAUUAAAUUAUUCUUGGAGAGGGACCUACAGUGAAAAGUCCAGACAGAUUUGUGCACAUGUAUCAUACCCCGAGGAACAGUGAGUAAUCCCUCACACAUAAAACACACACAUACAAAUAUUCAUACUCAUACAACAUACACACACACACACACACACAUACAUUCUAAAAACAUGAUUUUUAAUAAUUAUGCCAAUAAAGCCUAUUGAAUUGAAUUUCUUAGUAGGCGUGAAUGAUUGAGUUGUUUGCCUAGUUAAAAGAUCCUCUUGAGCUUACAAUCGCGUACAUUUUUCACCCAUACUUACCUAAAUAGAAUAUAGGGCCACGAAUAAUAGAUUAGUAAACAUACAUUUACAGAAAGAUUGGAAUAGGGGUUAAAAACAGGAAACUGCUAUUAUUGUAAGUCACCUCAAGAAGUCAAAGCUAAAUAUGCUUGUAAUAAAAACUGUUUUCUCCUGCAAAAUAAUGUGACCCCAUUCCAGGAAUGUAAGAAAAAAUUGACAGGACCAGACCCUGAACCAUCUGAUGAAACAGAAGAACAUAUAUCAUUAUUGCUUUGAUUCAUGCUUUUUCACGUUUUAUUUUUGUUUUAUUCUUCUCAAUUCCCAUUUUAUGUUUUUCAGCCCAGAGUACGGUGGUUUCACUUCCUUCAGAGGCCUGUAUGAUUUAAAAAAACAGCCCAGAGCUACUUUUACUAAUAGUCAUAGCAUCAAUAAGGAAACUAUUUGUUCCUGUUUGUUUUAAACUGUGAUUUAUCCAGGUACACAACAACACUGAACAAACAUAAUUAAUGAAGAUAAUAAAUAAAAAUGAACACUAUCAACAAGGUGCACUAAAUGCAGGGGUGCCAAUUAUUGUGAUUCCUGUUUCUGAGAAGCAUUCCCAGUACAGUCAUCAAUCAAAUGUAUUUAUAAAGCCCUUUUUACAUCCGCAGAUAUCACA